AUCACCAGACCAGAAAUGGAAAUUGGCAGGUACCACUGGAUGUACAGGAGUUCAAGGCCACACCGGUACCAUCAUGUGCCAGCAUUGAGAGGCAGUAUUAGUCCUUUGGGGAUUCAAGGUUGCUUUGAAUGUUGCAUUAAGUGCCUGGGAGGUGUUCCCUAUGCCUCGCUGGUGGCCACCAUCCUCUGCUUCUCGGGGGUCGCGCUGUUCUGCGGCUGCGGCCACGUGGCGCUCACGGGAACCGUCUCCAUCCUCGAGCAGCACUUCUCCACAAAUGCCAGCGACCAUGCUUUGCUGAGCGAAGUAAUACARCUAAUGCAGUAUGUAAUUUACGGCAUUGCAUCGUUUUUCUUCUUGUAUGGAAUAAUCCUUUUGGCAGAAGGUUUUUACACAACCAGCGCUGUGAAGGAGCUGCAUGGGGAGUUCAAGACGACAGCCUGCGGCCGCUGCAUCAGCGGGAUGUUUGUUUUCCUCACCUAUGUGCUGGGAGUGGCCUGGCUCGGGGUCUUUGGCUUCUCUGCUGUGCCUGUCUUUAUGUUCUAUAACAUAUGGUCAACUUGCGAAGCCAUCAAAACGCUUCAGACGAAUAUGACGGUUCCAGGGGACCAGAUCUGCGUGGAUAUCAGGCAAUACGGCAUCAUCCCGUGGAAUGCGGUGCCGGGCAAGGCGUGCGGGCCCAUCCUGGAGAACAUCUGCAACACGAACGAGUUCUACAUGUCUUAUCACCUGUUCAUUGUGGCCUGUGCUGGAGCUGGUGCCACUGUCAUAGCACUGCUGAUCUACAUGAUGGCUACUACAUAUAACUAUGCUGUUUUGAAGUUUAAGAGUCGGGAAGAUUGCUGCACUAAAUUCUAAAUUGUAUAAGCCCAGUAAAGAGCUGCAUUGCGUAGCUUGAAAUACCACUGACACCCUAGGCUAAAAGUCUAGCUUUUUGAAUUUUGUUACAGUAACUGUAAAUAGCUUCAGUAAGCGCCAUUUAGCUCAUCAGAUUAAUCAAAUGAUUUCUUGUAUAUGAACUAUGAUGUGGAUGAGAUCUGGCUAUUUGUUCACGUUGAGAGGACUCAGUUACUCUAGGGCUGUUAUAAAYGAUCCUUUCGAGGAUGGGAUGUGUUCAGGUAAAAAUCUCUGCUCGCUUCUAACCAUCAUCUCUCUCUAAAACAAAACUGGAACAGUUCAGGGUCAGAGUUACUAGUUUGUUCUUCUUUGUCCUGAACACCAAUACAAGAAGCGKGGAGCAUGCAAUGGAUAUGAAAUGAAAAUUAUCAAAAAUCAARGUAAUGCCAAUAUCUUUUGGCAAAGCCCAGGGACUGUGAAUCUCUUGGCCCCUGUUUUUGGUGUAUGGAUGAUAAAACUGAUUUAUUGUUUUACUUAAAACUUAUUUUUCAAGUGAUUGCCAAAUCAUGCUCUCUYUGGAAAAAAUAUGUCCUUCUACUAGCUCUGCGUAAAACAAUCACCUUCUUUUGAAGCCCAGAAUAGUAAGAAGCUGUGUUUAGAUAACUUCAAUUUCUGCACGGCUUGGACUUUAGUAACUGAUUUCUCAGUAGCCAGAUCUCAAAAAUGUAAGUAUGAUUACAAGGGAAGUAAAACCAUGCAUAGAUCAGUGACGUUUGUACAAUGGUGAAAAAGGAGCGGUGAACCAGUGUUUUCAGAUGUAGAUUUCUUUUGCAUGAAGUAUGCUGAAAAGAAGGUGGAAAAGAGAUGUAUUCACUUCACAAACUAGAGGAAAAAAAAUGCAACAAAAGACCCACCAAUUUCUAUACUUGGUAUGAAACUUAAAAAGUUAGACAAUGGGCAUUUAAAAUGUAGUUAUAAAAAUACAUUAUUAAGAUUUCUUUAACUCAGAGAUUGCAUGCUUUUGCUUAAUUUUGGACUCAUGUUUUGUUGUUUAAUUUUUCAAUAUGUUAAUGUAGCUUUGUUCACAUAAAUAAAACUGUUUACAAUUUUAUUCUUUUUUGGGGGUGGGGGCAGAAUUCUCAUCUGCUUGUUGGGGAAAACGAGAGGUAGCAGAUUCUGUGCCUGUAUAUACAGAAACACCACAACCUUAGCAAGCGGUUCUUCUGAGCACCUUUUCGUUUACACAUUAUAAAAAUUGCCACGUGCAAAACAUUUGKUUUUUUUCUCCUUUUCCCCUGUUCUGCAUUUCAAUUGAUCAGUAAAACUCUAGCUCACUUUUUAUUACUUCUACUAACUUUGUCUAAUUGUUAAAUAACCAACUUAAAUAGUAGCAUGCAAAAUCCUAGAGCUCAUUGGAAGUAGCCCCCGUGCUUGUUUUGGUAACAGAAUGCUUAUUAACGUAGAGUAACUUUUGGUUAUGAAUUUAAAGUGUCUAUUAAUCUAACUAGCAGCUUGCUUUGCCUCUUGACAUGCUCACUAGCCAUCAUGCUCACCCUUCUCUUCCAGAUCCACUUCCUCAUGAUACUGUCCUCUAACUGGGCCUACUUAAAGGAUGCAAGCAAAAUGCAGGCCUACCAGGAUAUCAAAGCAAAAGAAGAGCAGGAGCUUCAGGACAUCCAGUCUCGGUCCAAAGAGCAACUCAAUUCUUUCACAUAAAUGUUUGCCACAGUAAUUGAGCAGAAGAAUUCGGUAGCUCUGACAAAUCAGCAACUAGCUGCUCUGCAGUACAGAUAYGUGUCUACCAAACAAAAUAAUGCAGAAGUGCAAACGCUUCAAAUUCCAACUCCUGGGAACAUGUACAUAGGGAACGCUUCCCGUGGGUAAUCUUCCAUCCUUUAAUACAGAGAAUGGAGGGUUUAGUCCAGGCAUUUUAAAAGGCAACACUUCACAACUAGCGACCAAAUUAUUCUUCCUUACAACUUUGGGUAUUUGCUAUGUCCAAGCAGCUGGGGGGGAGUCCAAACCAGCAAGCAGUAGAUCUUUGUGCAGAGCCUUUACAAAGGCACAUGCACAAUGUGCGAUUUAGUCUCAAUUUACAUACCAAAUGAAACUGUGGCUAGCUCAAGGUUUUAAUUGCUUGUGCUCACUUGACAGCACAGUUGCAGUAUCUACCAGAGUACUAAGUCAUCACCAGGGCAGUCUCUGGCCUCUCUUUAACUGGGCCACAGGAACAGCAAUCUACUUUCGUGCCACUUUUUUUUAUGAAGAAGCAGUCACUCUACUGUGCUUACAGGAGUGUYGAACAUACAUCCCAAGUUUUAAUCUUUUUAUUAACUAUUUAAUGGAAUGUAGAUCCUUGGAUCUGGAUAAUGAUCCCCUUCUUUGAAAAUAAAUGUCAGCUUUGCCUUAAUAUUUAUUUUCUAUAAAUGUCUUAGCAUUUAUAUAGCAGCAGGAGACCAUUAUCCUACAUUUUAAGUGGAAAGUGUUACCUUAUUAAAAUGACACCAAUUUAACUGCUCCAAAUGAGCAGAGGAGUAAUUUUGUAGAGUUUUACACAAACAAUAAAAAAAAAAAAAAAAAAUUACAGCCAUAAAGCAGAAUACAGGAUGUCCACCUUUCUCUAUCUUGGUGCUUAGCAAAUUUAUAGUCAGUGCUUACGUGUUUUCCUUUUUACAAGUUAACUACAACAUUAAGAAAAUGUGGUGUUCAGAAAAAAAAAUAAAAAGGUGCCAUUUUAAAGUCAUUUCCCAUAGAAGUCUGCCUUCUAAUUAACGUUUUUUUCAGAUGCAUUCAGUGAUAUCUUGAUAUUAGUGAUGGUAUAUUUGGUGUUUGUUCUAUAUGAUAUAUCUAUAAAUGUCAGGAGAAGAGUAAAAUACAUCAGUCAUUUGAAAAACUAAAUAUAUAAGUCAUACCCAUGUUAAGCUGACGUGUGGUUUGAUAGUUUUGACUGUUUGCUGAAUAUAAAUAAAAGGAAGCACAAGUUUCUUCAAGUCAGUAUUAAAUGAAAAGACAUUGGAGGGUUAUUUAACAUCAAAUAUGUUUUGUUUUUCUUUAUUAAAUAUUGAAGUCUAAUUUGACAGUUUCAAAACAAGGGGCAAAGUUGAUCAAUGUAGAGCAAAUAUGACAAAAUAGCCUAGUGUUUGUUCUUACCUGUUGCAUGAAGGAGACAUUUCUACAGCAACGCAGGUGACGUUCUAGCCCAGUGUUUGCAUAAGGGUAAUAAUGGAGACAGUGUCUUAAAGCCUAAUUCUUUUCUAAUUCAGUGUAGCUAUUACUGGGAGUUUUUGAAGUUUUGUUUAAGUAGUCUAAUAUUUUUAUGUAAAGAGCAUUAAAUUUUGCUAUGUAUAAAUUUUUGUAACCUAACAGUGAAUCAAUAUUUUCUAUCAGUGCCAAGGGCUUCCUGUAGUUACAUCCAAGUGUUAAAAUAAAUAUUUGUAGAUAAUAGACA